AUAAGAGUAGAAUUUGAAGUACACAUUGAAACGUUGUUCACAAAUGUUGAAAUAAAUGUCAACAUGAUUUCGCUUGUUCAAUUUUUGGCUUGCUUUGUUUUUUGUGCAGGCGUAGAAGAAAAUGUUCUGUGUGGUCCAAAAUCUUGUGAUGAUGCCAAGUGUCCAGAGUUGCCAGAGAAGUGCAAAAUCCAGAACGCUACACACAAUGGAGUUUUUCUUCCAUCUCUUGAAAUGUGCAAUUGUUGCCAAUAUUGCUUGGAAAAUUUAAAUGAAGGGGAAACAUGUAGCAUAGGCAAUCCCUCUACAAAAAUGUCUCAAACCAUCUGUGGACCGAGGUUAUCCUGUACGCUUUCGCCAAAUCAACAAUAUGAUGGGACAUGUGAAAAAAUGGAUACAUACUGUGUCAAAAAUCAAACUAGUUUCGAUGAGCGCAAGAAAAAAGGUACUUUGGGAAAUAUGGAGGUUAGAAAGAAAUGCGAUGACGAUGGCCAAUUUCUUUCUUAUAACUGUAUACCGGGACAAUCGUGUUAUUGCGUUGACGUAAACGGAAGCAGAAUUUUCGGAGAAAUGGAUUUUACGUCCCUACCCGAUGUUGACCUUCAAUGUAAAUGUUCCAGAGACUUGGCUCUAGCAAAUAUAAUCAUUGGCAGAGAACUGAACCCCACCGAGCAUUUCCGUUGCACAGCUAACGGGGAUUACGAUAAAUUCCAGAGAAUUAAUGAUAAGUUCCUCUGCGUGGAUUCUUCAGAUGGGGCACCGACCUAUCCCGAUGAGCUCAUGGUCAACAGUUCUCUUGCGACUCAGCUGAAGUGUUACCAUAAAGGAGAAGAUGACGAUAUGUAUUACAACAAAUGUGAAAAAGAAUAUGUGGAGGUUCUGAAGGAAGUCCAGAAGUACGACUAUGACAUUGUUUUUGGAUACACAUAUCCCAAAUGUGACCCGGACGGGACCUACCAGGCCGUCCAAGAAAACUCAACACACAAAAUGUGUGUGGAUAAGCAAGGCGAGGUCCUGAAUGUUGUUGAUAAAAAAACUAAAAAAGUUUUAGCGAAUUCUAUGAAUUGUAAGUGCAGCAGAGCUGUGUUAAUAAUGACGUCCGACGAAAAACCCACUUGCAAGGAAAAUGGUAAUUAUGAUCCGACCCAAUGUAGGAGAGGAAUGUGCAGAUGCGUUGACAUCGACGGAAAUCAGGUGUGCACCAAAGCCAAUUGUGAGGUCGAAGAACCUAAAAAAGCUACUUUGAAAUGCAAGUAGCGGCAUCAAAGAUUCAUUGUGUGAAUAGAAUGAAGAGAAAUGUUACUCAUAUAUUACUGUUAUGAAUAAAAUGUACAUAUGUUUUUUUUCAAUA